AACAUUGAAUUCUUAAAUCAACAUGGUAUCGGAGCACGGAGAUCCGUCUCUACCUUCUCCUUCCAUGCGUUAACCACGAAAAAAACAAGGAAAUUUUUUUUCCUUUUCGGCUCUGCCGAUCUUCCUUCCCAGCGCAACAACACCAGCCGUGAACAACCAUGGCUGCUUUAUCCCCUGAUCCUAUGAAUUUCCUGCCUACGGAUCUGAAAUUGUUUGUCCGGAAUCUUCAAUCUCUAACUCCGGUCAAGCUUGAUGACACAAAUUAUCCCUCUUGGUCUGCCACCGUUCAUGCAAAUAUUUUUGCUCAUCGCUUACUCGGUUAUGUUGAUGGAUCUGAAACCUCUCCACCGGCUCUUAUUCUUGCUGAGAAGGCUACAGCGCCGGGCAAGGAUGCACCCCCGGUUAUGAAAUCCAAUCCAGCCUAUGAAUCAUGGCUUAUUGUUGACGCUCAUAUUCGGGCCUGUCUCCUUACAAUUGUUUCACCCACGGUUCAGACUCAUAUUCAUGCUCUUCCCACCUCUGCUGCAAUCUGGAAUCAUCUCGAACAACGGUACAAUUCUCUUUCACGCACUCAUAUUUUUCAACUGAAGGAGCGCCUGCACGGUGUCACUAAGGGUACCGAUUCAAUGCAAACGUACUUGGACACUGUUCUCACCAUUGUGUCAUCUCUCAAAUUGGCUCAUGAAGAUAUCUCUGAACAAGAUAUUAUCUUGUGUGUUCUUCGUGGUUUAACGGCCGACUACGCCGCACUCAAACAAAACAUUCACACCAAUAUUGCCACAGUCACUUUUAAUCAGGUCUCUUCCUGGCUUCUCUCUGAAGAAUUGAACCUGUCCUUUGAGAACAAAUUUUUUCUCGGCGACUCUGGCUCUACCUCGUCUGUCGAUAUCCAUAAUGCCCUUUUCACCAAUUCCGGACGAGGGGCUGGACAUGGCCGUGGGCCGUCACGAGGGCGAGGAGGCCCGUACCGCGGCGGUAACCCUAGCAGCAGGGGUGGCCGGCAGCUGCUGGGCCGUGAUGAUCCACGCGGCAGAGGUGGCGGACGAGGGGCGUCUGUCAUGUGUCAACUCUGUGGGAAGCCCGGCCAUGCGGUCUGGAAUUGUUGGCACCGCUACGAUGAAUCCUACACUGGUCCUCCGCAGGCGUUUUAUGCAAGCCAAUGCACUGGAUCUAGUUCGAACUGGCAUCUGGACACUGGAGCAAAUACUCAUGUCACGCCUGAUUUGUCUCGGCUACAUACUCUGGCACCAUAUCAUGGCACCAAUUCCAUCACCACUGCAGGAGGUAACACCUACCCUAUUGACCAUACAGGUUCAGGGCAGGGCUCCAUCUCCACCAGGACCAAGUUGACAAGCUGCUUCGACUCUAAGCUCUGUUUUACUAGGGAUUAUGACAAUGAACAAGCUUUGUCAGAAAGCAGUACAAAGACAAAGUUGGAGACUUACUUGAAUGAUCCUAAAGAGUCACACAUCACAGAUUUUGAUAUAUUGGACUUCUGGAAGACGAAUGAGUCUCGAUAUGGACAACUAUCUUACUUAGCAAGGGAUAUUCUGAGUGUGCCAUUAACAACUGUUGCAUCAGAGUCAACUUUUAGUAUUGGAG